UUUUGUGUGCAAGCGAAUUUCCUUCGGCUCGAUCAGAUCUGGCCCAAAUCAACAGCUAAAGUGUCUUUAGCCAGAACUGAACCCAAACCUGAAGUGAGCCAGAUCAUAAAACAGGCUGAUUUAUGAACAUUAUAUGGUAUUCUUGUAUCAUCUUAAACACAAAAAUGUAAUCACAGAAUAUAUUUUAAUAACAGAAGUACAAUACAGAAGAGUGCUGUGAUGUAAAUGUCAGAUGAGUGAAUGAAUGUACAAUAAUUGAUACUUUUAGUAAAUCUCGCCAGUCUUUCUCACUCACAGGCUGAAAGGAAAUGAAAAGAAAAAAAUUAGUUACAUUAGUAUAUCAUAAUUAGUAAGUAUCAUGUAUAAUUUGAAUACUAAGCAUAUAUAAUUAAUGACUGCACACAUUCUCUUCUUCUGACAUGAGUGCUGCUCUCUAGCUCUUUUUAAUUGAGGAAAACUAGCUACUCUAAUAACAAGACAUAAUACUUAAUAAUAUACAUGAUAUUAAUGAAAAAAUUAGGGGUGUGUGGAACACAAAGAUGGUGGUUGAAAUUGGAUACAUGUUUGGUACAGCAGGGGGAACAAACAUUAAAUUGCUACUUUUUAUAUUUUUACUGAACAAUGGCUUACAGAACGAUUUGUGGCUCUGUCUUUAAAUAAAUUCAAUUAUACUUACCAUUUUACAAAGGAUAGAAAAUCUACCUCAGCUAAUGCUAUAAAAGAGGAAGCCCUAUUACACUCAAAAAAACAAAUGAACUAACAUAUAAAUAAAUAAAUUAUGACGAAUAUUGGUUAAUAAUGUUUUUUGGGCAGGUAAGUGUCUUUGACUGGUGUUUUUAUUUAUUAAAAUAAUUGCUUUAAUAUAAUUAUAAACUACAGUUAUAAGUUAUUUCACCUUUAAAUGUUGUUGUAGGUGGUUUUCUACAUUUUUGACUGUUUAGUCUGUUUUUAGGGAAAUGUUUUAAUGUUGUAACGUUGGGCUUUUGGGGAGCAGAUUUCCAGUGUUUUUCCAGUCCCAUAACAGUGACAUAUAUGGAUAUAUACACUAAUAAUCAAAUAAUUAUGAUCAAAUAAGUCAUAUUUUUAUGUACAAAUAUUUAUUAUAAAAAUACAUCCAGAUUAUAUUUAGUAAACCUGAUGAACUACAUUAAACGUGAAUCGUUUUAACAGGUGUGGAACUAUCAGAGAAAUGUAUUAAAGUCACGGUGAUCUAAUUGUUCACUUAUUAUAGUUAUUUGUUCAUGCUGAGGCGUUUACAUCUUUUUGUCUUUAGCACUGUGACAUGCAUGUUUCAUUUACACUCUUAACCCACAUGACACACAAAGCCCAAACAGAUUUGCUAAAGGAAUCGUUUGCAGCUGGUUCUCUUGUGAUGAAAUGAUCUUCUCCGGAAAUCAAGAAGAUGAGGUUAGCUGUACAUGAGUGGUGUGAUGUUUGAGGUUCACGGGUCAGGCGUAUGAAUCAUCACGCUGACGCUCUCAGCUGGACGGUGGGGUCAUGACCCCGUGACAUCUACAGCAUCUCAUUAUGAUUGAUUUGUGUCAUUGCACACUGAGCUUAUAAGAGCUUGAGAUGGUCCUUCUUCUGUUACUCCAGAAGACGUCUGUCUCAGAUCAAGUCCUGUUCCUCGACACCAUGGUUAGUGAUCGGAUCGUUCUUCUAACCCUAACCUGCUCCGUCUUAAUGCUGCUGGUCAGUUGUGAUGACUUCCUACAGAUCCGCUCCCCAGACGAUGACAUGAAGGCUCAGGAGGAGAAAGAGCUGAUUGAAGCUCUUCAGGAAGUUCUCAUAAAGCUGAGGAACAAACAGAUUCCCACUGCGGAGAAGAGGUUUGGCUGGGUGUCCUCGUGUGGUGCGGGUGAGCAGUGUGCGGUUCGUAAAGGCGCUCGCUUCGGGAAGCUGUGCAGCUGUCCAGGAGGAACCAGCUGUAGCUUCUCCAUCCUCCAGUGUCUGUGAAAACAUGCCUCACUGGCACAGUCCUGCCUUUUACUCUACUGUACUGAUGCGUGUUGUUUCCCCAUCACUGCUGUAACAUGUUUUAUGAAUCAAAUAAAUGCAUGCAUUUUUCUACA